GAGAAGAAGCGUGUCAGUGUUUGGCACGAUAUAGACGAGUCGACGGUAUCUCCCAUUAUUUGAUUUGAAACACUAACAUUAAUAAUGAGUCGCUCUUAUAAUGACGAAUUGCAGUUUUUGGACAAGAUUGACAAGACAUGCUGGCGAAUCAAGAAGGGAUUCGUCCCAAACAUGCAGGUGGAGGGCGUCUUCUAUGUCAAUGAGUCGCUGGAGAAACUGAUGUUUGAAGAGCUGCGAAACGCGUGUCGUGGCGGGGGUGUUGGUGGAUUUUUGCCGGCUAUGAAGCAGAUUGGAAAUGUGGCGGCUUUGCCGGGAAUUGUGCAUAGAUCUAUAGGCCUACCUGAUGUUCACUCCGGAUAUGGUUUUGCGAUUGGAAACAUGGCUGCGUUUGACAUGAGUGACCCUACAGCAGUUGUCUCUCCAGGUGGUGUAGGAUUUGACAUUAAUUGUGGAGUGCGUCUGCUGAGAACCAACCUCGAUGAAGGAGAUGUGCAGCCGGUGAAGGAACAGCUGGCGCAGGCUCUCUUUGACCACAUCCCUGUAGGAGUGGGGUCCAAGGGAGUCAUCCCCAUGGGUGCCAAAGACCUGGAGGAGGCCCUGGAGAUGGGGGUGGACUGGUCUCUGAGGGAGGGCUACGCCUGGGCUGAGGAUAAAGAGCACUGUGAAGAGUAUGGCCGAAUGCUGCAGGCUGACCCAAAUAAGGUUUCCUCCAAGGCCAAGAAGAGAGGACUGCCACAGCUUGGGACACUGGGAGCCGGGAAUCAUUACGCUGAGAUCCAGGUGGUGGAUGAAAUCUACAAUGACUAUGCUGCCAAAAAAAUGGGUAUCGAUCACAAGGGCCAGGUGUGUGUGAUGAUCCACAGCGGGAGUCGUGGGCUGGGUCAUCAGGUGGCCACAGAUGCUUUGGUGGCCAUGGAAAAGGCGAUGAAGCGGGAUAACAUUGUAGUAAAUGAUCGGCAACUCGCUUGUGCCCGCAUCAGUUCUCCUGAAGGUCAGGACUACUUGAAGGGCAUGGCAGCUGCAGGAAACUACGCCUGGGUCAACCGCUCCUCCAUGACAUUCCUCACACGCCAGGCCUUCUCCAAAGUCUUUAACACUACACCCGAUGAUCUGGAUAUGCAUGUGAUCUAUGACGUGUCCCAUAACAUUGCCAAAGUGGAGGAGCACAUGGUGGACGGUAAACAGAAAACACUGCUGGUGCAUCGUAAAGGAUCAACAAGGGCUUUCCCGCCUCAUCACCCUCUUAUUGCCGUCGAUUACCAGCUGACUGGUCAGCCUGUGCUGAUCGGUGGUACAAUGGGCACUUGCAGCUAUGUUUUGACGGGCACUGAGCAGGGCAUGACUGAAACUUUUGGCACCACCUGCCAUGGCGCAGGUCGAGCCCUGUCCCGAGCUAAGUCCCGCAGGAACCUGGACUUUCAGGAUGUUUUGGAUAAACUGGCUGAUAUGGGCAUCGCCAUCAGAGUGGCUUCACCAAAACUGGUCAUGGAGGAGGCACCAGAAUCCUACAAAAAUGUAACAGAUGUGGUGGACACGUGCCAUGAUGCUGGAAUCAGCAAGAAGGCCAUCAAGCUUCGACCUAUUGCUGUGAUUAAGGGUUAAACGUGAGCACCUAAGCACCAUCAGUGAAUGGUUAACCUGAAAGAUCGUGCCCCCGGGCAAAUUAACAGAACAGGUGAUUUGGGAACAGGAAUGGUGUGCCUAUCUCUAUAGGAUGUUUUCUGAACGUUCUUUGUACAGGCAAGACUUUUGCAUAUAAUGUGUGUGCAUCACAUCAUACGGAGAGAGAGCUGUUAACAAAGUUAAUUAUGAUUUUCGUUUGUAAUUUGUUCCCGACAGCUUUAUUGCUCUAAAAGAGAGUGGCUGAAAUGAUUCUUUUUUUGAUUUGGUUGAGGUUAAAGAUUUAUUUUGUGAAAAAACUAAUAGUUAAAAUGGAAAUAAAAGCAUCAGUGAUCGA